CGGAUCGUGGGAGGAAGGAAGACCUACCUCCGCCGUCGCCGCCACUCCUCUACCACCACUGACCUCCCACUCCACUCCCAGCAGCGCCGGCGAAUGGCGAUAAUGGCCGAUGCCGCAGGUGCGACUCCUCUCCUCCCCGGCCUCCCGGACGAGAUCGCCAUCUGGGAGAUCCUCGUCCGCCUGCCCCCCAAAUCCGUCCUCCGGUGCCGCGCCGUCAGCCCCGCGUGGCGCCGCGCCACCUCCACCCGCGACUUCCUCCAAUCCCACCACGCCCGCCAGCCCGCCCUCCUCCUCCAAUACACCCACAGCAGAGUCGCCGACGGCGGCGCGUCCCUGGACAUCGUCCCCUUCGACCACCGUUCACGGGUCGCCGCCGCCGCCGACCGGUUCCAGUGUAUCGCGCGGCUGGAAGCGGCUCCCAACAUCUAUCAUGCUCCCAACUUCUAUUCUCCCUGCUUCUAUCUGGAGGCCUCCUGCGACGGCCUCCUCGUGCUCUCCAUCGACUUCGACGACGUCUGCAUCUGCAAUCCGGCAACUCGACAGUUUGCUCCGCUCCUGCAGGUUCGUGGAUUCAUGCCCGUGGAGCUGUACCCUCACCCCUCUACCGGCGAGUACCAUAUGUUGCUGUACCGGGAGGAAGAUCAAGGUGCCAUCUACGUUUUCAGGGUAGGCUCUAGCCAGCCGCCGAGGCACAUAGGGUGCCCUGAUCCGCACGAACUGGAAGAUUGCCCCGGACUCCUGUUCCAUGGUAGCCUACAUUGGUACAUAGGCAACCGGAUAGUGGUAUUCGACACAGCUGCCGAGUCGUUCCGGCAGAUCCGUGCCCCGGUUGCCCGAGACCACGCCCGACUAUUCGAGCUGGAUGACAUGCUUGGCGCCUUGUCUCUUAAUGAUGAAGAUACAGCCGUCGAUAUCUGGGUGAUGCAGGACUACCAAGGCGAGGUCUGGGAUUUCAAGCGUCGGGUUGAGUUGCCGGUUGCGGAGAUCAUGGACCACUGUCAAUAUUAUUUCCAUGAAGAGGGUAUGAUGCUUGUGCCUGGGGACGGUGAGUUGGUCGUGCUGAUCGGUUGUAAUGGCUGGCUGUUUCAGCUUGAUGCAGAUGGCAAGUUGAUUGCUAGUUUCCAACCCAGAUGCCUCAGUUCUACUCUAUAUGUGCUCAAGCAAACUCUUGUUCAACAUACCUUUUUUCCGGCACUAGAGGGUUAUGUUGUGAAUGCCUCGCCUUUUAUCUGACCAGAUGAUUAUGUUGUCACCACUUAGAGGGUUGUUCAGCCUGGCGGUGUUUCUUAUUGGUUUAGCUCUCAGUAUCCACAUGAGCUGCAAUAUGUAUUAACUAGAUCCCCAGUUAUGCUGUCAACAUGUAGCCCUUCAUCUGAGAGCUGUUGAGUGUGGUGUUGUUUCUUAUCAGCCUAGCUCUCAGUAUCCACAUGAGCUGCAAUAUGUAUUAACUAGAUCCCCAGUUAUGCUGUCAACAUGUAGCCCUUCAUCUGAGAGCUGUUGAGUGUGGUGUUGUUUCUUAUCAGCCUAGCUCUCCGUAUCCACAUGAACUGCUGUAUGUAUUAACUAGAUCCAAUGUUCUGUUGCAAUCCAUUCCUUUUCAUUAUUCCA